ACCUUGUACUGCUUGUCCAUAUGACCAGACUCUCUGGCCCUGCUAAUCAUCAUUUUAGCCACUGGAAGGAGAUGCCAUGACUAUUGCCUUCAUAGCCCUGUUCUAUCUUGGGCUGAUCCUGUUCUCCAUGACCCAUGUACCAGUAGAAGCUAUUGGCAAGCCCACACUCAGAGCUCAGCCAGGCUCUGUGAUGACCAGGGGCAUGCAAGUGACCAUCUCAUGUGAGGGGACCUCAAGCGCCCAGGAAUACUAUCUCUAUAAAGAGGGCAGUCCAGAUCCCUGGCAAACACAGACCCCUCUGGAGCCUGGAAAUAAGGCCAAGUUCUUCUUCCCAUCUAUUCAAGAGAACCAUGCAGGGAGAUACCGCUGUUACUAUAAGACCCAGGUUGGCUGGUCAGAGCGCAGUGACUUUCUAGACUUGAUGGUGACAGGAUUCUACAGAAAACCCAGUCUGUCAGCCCUGCCCAGUCCAGUGGUGAGAUUAGAAGGGAAUGUGACCCUCCAGUGCGUCUCACAGCUUGGGUAUGAUAGGUUUGCUCUGACUAAGGAGGAACCACAGAAGUUCUCUUGGACCCUAGACUCACAGUACAUAUACUCUAAUGGCAGUUUCCGGGCACUGUUCUCUGUGGGGCCUGUGACCUCCAGACAGCAGAGGACAUUCAGAUGCUAUGGCUAUUACCUGAAUAAACCCCAGGUGUGGUCAGAACCCAGUGACCCUCUGGAGUUCCUGGUGUCAGGUAAGGCAGCCCAGCUUGUCUAUUGAAAGAUACUGCAUCUGAAAAGGAUCUAGGAGAUCCAGGGCUCUCAAUCCCGUUGACACAGAGCAUGAAGACAAAAGAACCAAAA